CCUUUCUUUUUUUUUUUUCUUUUUAGCUUCUCUCUUUCUCUUAUAUCAUGGUUGCUGAAACAAAGUUUUAUGACAUCUUGGGUGUUGGUCCUGAUGCUUCAGAAUCAGAACUCAAGAAGGCUUAUAGAAAACUUGCUUUAAAAUACCAUCCUGAUAAGAAUCCUGAUGCUGGAGACAAGUUCAAAGAGAUCUCUCAUGCCUAUGAAAUCCUUUCUGAUGCCGAAAAGAGAGAAGUCUAUGAUCAAUAUGGUGAAGAAGGCCUCAGUGGUCAAGGUGGCCCUGGUGGUAUGAAUGCUGAAGAUUUGUUUUCUCAACUCUUUGGUGGUGGUGGUGGAUUUUUUGGUGGAGGAGGUCGUCGUGGACCCCAAGGUCCUCGUCGUGGAAAAGACAUGAUGCAUCAACUCAAAGUCAGCCUUGAAGAUCUUUACCUUGGAAAGACCAGUAAACUUGCCCUUCAAAAGAACGUCCUUUGUGCCAAAUGUGAAGGCAAAGGAGGUAAGGAAGGUGCUGUUCAAACCUGUCGUGGUUGUCAUGGUCAAGGUGUUCGUAUGAUGAUGCGUCAAAUGGGUCCCUUGGUUCAGCAGUUCCAACAAACCUGUCAAGAUUGUCGUGGUACAGGUGAAAUCAUCAAUGAAAAAGACCGUUGUAAGGAAUGUUUAGGCAAAAAGAUCUUGAGUGACCGUAAAAUCCUUGAGGUCCGUAUUGAACGUGGUAUGCGUGGUGGUCAAAAGAUCACUUUUGCUGGUGAAGGUGAUCAAGCACCCGGUAUUAUUCCGGGCGAUAUCAUCAUUGUCUUGGAUGAAAAGCCUCAUGCUAAAUUCACACGUCAAGGCGAUGAUCUUAUUUAUGAAGCCAAGAUUGAUCUCUUGACUGCUUUGGCUGGUGGUCAGUUUGCUAUACCCCAUCUUGACGACCGUGUUCUCUUGGUCAAUGUCAUUCCAGGUGAAGCUAUUCAGCCUGAUAUGAUCAAGGUUGUGCCUUAUGAAGGUAUGCCUAUCCAACGUAUUGACAGUCGUGGCCAUCUGUUUAUCAAAUUCACGGUUGAAUUCCCUCAAUCAAACUGGACAGAUCAAGACACAUUAAAGAAAUUGGAGAGCAUCUUGCCUCCUCGUCAGCCAUUGCCUCCCUUGGGCGACAAGCAUUUGGAUGAAGUUGUCUUGGUGGAUGCUGAAGGUUAUCAAGGACGAGCUGGUGCCGCUGCUUAUGAUGAAGAUGAAGAUGAAGAUCAUCACCACCAUGGACCAGGUGUCCAAUGUGCUCAACAAUAAAAAAGACU